AAGCAAGUUCAGGUGUUAGCAUUUGAGGAGACAGAGAUGGAGUUUGGGUCCAGUAAACAGUGUCAUCUGAGACAACUUCAGCAACUGAAGAAAAAAUUACUAGCCCUUCAGCAAGAACUGGAGUUCCGCACAGAGGAGUUGCAGACUUCAUACUGUUCUCUCCUGCAGUAUCAGUCCAUUCUAGAAAAGCAGACUUCCGACCUAGUUCUUCUCCACCAUCACUGCAAAAUGAAAGAAGAUGAGGUGAUUCUCUAUGAGGAGGAAAUGGGAAAUCAUGAUGAGAACACAGGGGAGAAGCUCCAUUUGGCACAGGAGCAACUUGCCUUGGCCGGGGACAAGAUUGUCUCCCUGGAAAGGAGCUUAAGCCUCUACAGGGAUAAAUACCAGACUUCCCUGAGCAACAUCGAGUUACUGGAAUGUCAAGUGAAGAUGCUGGAGGGAGAGCUUGGAGGGAUCAUCGGUCAGGAUCCUGAGAACAAGGGUGAUCAUUCAAAGGCGCGUAUAUACACUUCUUCCUGCAUGAUUCAAGAACAUCAAGAGACUUUGAAACGACUAUCUGAAGUCUGGCAAAAGGUCUCUGAACAGGAUGAUCUAAUCCAGGAACUUCGAAAUAAGCUAGCCUGCAGUAAUGCUUUGGUUCUGGAGCGUGAAGAGGCUUUGAUUAAAUUACGAGCAGACUUUGUUUCCUACACUGCCACCCACAGACACCCUCCUAGCUCCUCAGAAGAUUGUGAAGACAUCAAAAAGAUACUGAAGCACUUGCAGGAGCAGAAAGACAGCCAGUGCCUGCAUGUGGAGGAGUACCAGAACCUCGUGAAGGACCUGCGCAUGGAACUGGAGGCAGUGUCGGAACAGAAGAAAAACAUCAUGAAGGACAUGAUGAAGCUGGAGCUGGACCUGCAUGGGCUACGGGAAGAGACAUCCGCCCAUAUAGAGAGGAAGGAUAAGGAGGCCACCAUCCUGCAAUGCCGGCUGCAGGAGCUACAGCUGCAGUUCACUGAGAGCCAGAAGCUUGCUUUGAAGAAAGACAAGAUCCUCCAAGACAAAGAUGAGAUGCUGCACGAGCUAGAGAAGAAACUAACACAGGUUCAGGACAGCCUCACGAAGAAGGAGAAAGAGCUGGAGAAGCAGCAAUGCGUAACGACAGAACUGGAAAUGACCGUCAACGAAGCCAAGCAGGACAAGUCCAAGGAACAGUGUGAGACCCUGCGGGUUGAGGUCCAGAAGCUGAAAGACAGUCUCGAAGAGGCCAAACAGCAGCAGAGGCUGGCUGCCCAGCAAGGAGCCCAGUACAAAGAAGAGGCCCUGCUGGCAGGGAGCAACCUAGAGGAUGCCCAGAGGAAACUGCAAAGCUGUAUUUUCCAGGACAAGCAGAAGGCAGACACCAUCCAGGAACUACAGCGAGAUCUUCAGAAGCUGCAGAAGGAGUCCUUGAUUGCUGAGGAAACACAAGCAUCCAACAGGAGACGACUGGAGGAGCUGACAUCAGAACUCUCUGAGGCCCUGAGGAAGAUUGAAAAUUCAGACAAGGAAAAGAAACAGCUUCAGGAGACAGUGGCCGAGCAGGAUAUGAAAAUGAAUGACAUGCUGAAUCGCAUCAAACUUCUUCAACACCAGCACAGGGAGCAAGAAUCCAUCAAAAGCAAGUUGGAAGAUGAACUUCAGGAGACAACAAAACUGCUGGAAGAGAAACGGGAGCAGUUGAAAAGGAGCAAAGAACAGGAGAAGCUGGUAGAGGAAGAACUUGAAGCUCUGAGACAGGAAUUGAAAAGGAGAGAAAAGACGUUGAAGGAGAAUUCCAGAAAAUUGGAGGAAGAAAAUGAGAAUCUUCGAGCAGAGUUAAUGCAUCGUUCUACACAACUGGAAUCCUCUCUCAGCAAAUACAACACCUCCCAGAAAGUCAUCCAAGACCUGAAUAAAGAAAUAACCUUUCAGAAGGAGUCCUUAGUGAGCCUGCAGGCCCAGCUCGACAAGGCUGUGCAGAAAGAGAAGCAUUAUCUCCAGACCAUGGUCACUAAAGAAGCCUAUGAAGAGUUAUCCCGAAAGUCAGGCUCCUGCCAAGACCAACUGACACAGGCCCUGGAGAAGCUCAAUCAUGCGACCACGGAGGCAAAGAGCCUGCACCGAAGCCUGACCCAGGUCCAAGAGAAGAAAGCUCAGCUGGAAGAGGAAAUCAUCGCUUAUGAAGAAAGAAUGAAAAAACUCAACACGGAAUUGAGAAAACUGCAGGGCUUCCACCAGGAGAGUGAGCUAGAGGUGCACACCUUCGAUAAGAAGCUAGAGGAGAUGAGCUGCCAGGUGCUGCAGUGGCAGAAGCAGCACCAGGAUGACCUCAAGAUGCUGGCCGCUAAAGAAGAGCAGCUCAGAGAGUUCCAGAAGGAAAUGUCCGUUCUGAAGGAGAACCUCCUCGCCGACGAAAAGGAGCCCUGCUGCCUGCCCCAGAGGUCUGUGUCCAAAGACGCCUGCAGGCUCCACCGAGAGAAUGAUCAGAUCAUGUCCAACAUGGAGCAAUGGGCCAAAGAGCAGAAGAUUGCCAACGAGAAACUAGGAAACAAGCUCCGUGAACAGGUCAAAUACAUCGCCAAGUUGACUGGUGAAAAGGACCACCUCCAUAAUGUCAUGAUCCAUCUGCAGCAGGAAAACAAGAAGCUGAAGAACGAGAUAGAAGAGAAGAAGAUGAAAGCCGGGAACACGAGGCUAUGCGCCAAAGCCCUAGGCCCAAGCAGAACAGAGCCCACACAAAGGGGGAGGGUGUGUGGCACCUUGGGCUGGAAGGGAAUGCCCCAGGACCUGGGCCAAAGAAUGGACGUCACCAAGUACAUUGGGAUGCCCAACUAUUCAGGUUCCUCGUAUUCCUAGAAUUGGUGUCUUGCCCUGAGCAUCAUUUCCAUGCACGUUUCUCAGAGGACAGUGAGUUCCCAUCCCUCUCUCCUGACCUGGAUCAGCUCCUGUAGGAAUAUAUCAAGGGCCUAGCCUUUUCUGCAAGAUGCUAAUGUUUUGCUGAGUUUUUUCCACUUCCUGUAACGGGGUGAGCUUGUGAGCUUUGGAACUAUCCCACUAUCUCCAGGCCCAAGCUGUGAAAUAAAGACAUGAACA